AUGGAGGUAGAGAUUUGCACUUCAAAUUUGUGGUUACCGGCGGAGAUGUCAGUCUUGUCGAAGCACGAACAUAGAAUAGUAAGUUGUCAGCACUCGGCAGGGUGCCAAACCCGGGCACGAGCGAAGGGCGGAAGUCAGUAG